UCCUAAGGUUACCAAUAUAAUUUGUCAAAAUCAAUAAAAUAAUUUGUGCCAAUUUUGCCAAAGAGAUUUUGUGUACACGCCUGCCACGAAUGUAAACAGUAGGUCUUCCUAUUUUGUCCUUGUGAUAAGACAUUUUGUUGAGUAUUUUAAUUGUGAUUCACUGUUAUGUUAAUGAUCCGUACAGACCGAUGCAGAUCGGUCAGUUUUAGGUCAACUUUCAGGGAAGCCAAGAGAUGUUAUGAUGGUUUAUCAUCCAGACCAGUAUUGUCCAUUAAGAAUACUGCCUCCACCUUGUGGACAUAAUACAGUAUACCCAGCAUGAACAAUUGCGACUGAAUCAAUGGCUGACUGCACAAACUCAUACAGCUUAUGCAAACCAUAUUUUGGUGUAUGUUGUUGUGAAAUUUUAAUCCUACGGCCAAAUAUUAACAAGUCGGUUGACAUUGGAAAGGCUUGGAAUACAGUUACAUCAUUGGGGAUGAAAAAAACAUAACUAUAUUAUUCUUCUAUUUUGUCAUCUACAAUGGGAGGUUUAAAAAUUCAAACUAUGACUUAAGUUGACAAAGGGGUGGAUCUUGUGCCUUCUAUAAAUUUAGGUUGCUUUGGGCAGAGCACUUGUUGAAAUAGGCCAUAGGGAGAGUGACGAGAUGACGGCCUUGCUAGUCAGAUACAUUGUAUGUUUAUGCUUAGUGAUGUUGCUCUCUCUUUCAUUAUGUCCUGUCUCGUCCGUUUAUUCUUCCUCUUGUCAGUUACAGGAACCGUUUAGUCUUAAUGGCAUGUAUAAACAGGGAGACAUUGUGCUGGGGGGUCUAUUUGAGACCCAUUAUACCUCCAUCUUCCCCAAAUCCUUUUUCACCUCCAAACCACAGCAGCCCAUCUGCCAGGGUUUUGACAUUCAAGGGUUCAGGUAUUCCCAGACCAUGCUGUUUGCAAUAGAUGAGAUCAACCGGAGCGACAGUCUUCUGCCCAACGUGACACUGGGAUACAGACUCCAUGAUAACUGUGCCUCACUCGGAGUUGCCUUUCGAGCUGCCUUUUCAUUGGCCAGUGGCAAGGAGGUGAUGUUUGACCAGGCCGCAAGCUGUAGAGGAACCUACCCUGUGGUAGGGAUUGUGGGUGACUCCAUGUCCACUAAUACUAUUGCCAUUUCCAGUGUUUUAGGUUUGUUCAAAAUGCCCAUGGUGAGUUACUUUGCCACAUGUUCCUGCCUCAGUGACAGGCAACGAUUCCCAUCUUUUUUUAGAACUAUCCCAAGUGAUGCGUUUCAGGUGCGAGCUAUGCUCCAGAUUCUGAAGCGGUUUGGCUGGACCUGGAUUGGCCUGCUGGUCAGUGAUGAUGACUAUGGUCUCAAUGUAGCCCGAUCCUUCCAGUCAGAGCUGUCCCAGUCUGGUGAAGGCUGUCUGGCUUAUCUAGAGGUUCUGCCGUGGGGAAACAACCCUGGUGAACUUCAAAGGAUUGUUGGCAUAAUGAAGAAAUCAACUUCCCGUGUGGUCAUUGUUUUUGCACAUGAGAAUCACAUGUUGAACCUCUUGGGAGAGGUGGUAAGGCAGAACGUUACAGGCCUCCAGUGGAUGGCCAGUGAAGCCUGGACUGCCACCACUGUGCUCCAGAUCCCCAGCUACAUGCCUUUCCUUGCAGGCACUCUGGGCAUUGCCAUCCGCCGGGGAGAGAUACCAGGACUUAGGGACUUCCUACUGAGAAUACGCCCGGACAAUGACACACUCAGCAGCAAGGACAAUAACAUAGUGCAGCAGUUUUGGGAGGAGACGUUCCAGUGUAGAUUCCCGCCUUCACCACCCAAAUGGACCGAUGAAGGGGGGAGACUGUGCACAGGUCAGGAGAACCUGGCAACAGUAAAGACAGAGUUCCUGGAUGUUUCAAACCUCAGGCCAGAAUAUAAUGUGUACAAGGCGGUAUAUGCCAUGGCACAUGCCCUACAUGACAUGCUGAAGUGUGUUCCAGGGAGUGGACCUUUUGUCGGACAAACCUGUGCCAGUUUACAGAGACUAGAGCCAUGGCAGCUAGUUUAUUACUUGGAUAGGAUCAACUUUACCACACCUUUUGGUGAUCAAGUAUCAUUUGAUGAGAAUGGGGACGCAUUACCGAUCUAUGAUGUAAUGAACUGGCUUUGGCUCCCAGACGGUAGCACAUUCGUUCAGAAUGUUGGUGUUGUCAAGGAGACCGCCGCCAAAGGUGGAGAAACCACACUCAAAGAAGACAUCAUAUUCUGGAAUUUCGUUCCCAAAAAGCCACCUCGAUCAGUGUGUAGUGAGAGCUGUCCCCCAGGCACCCGCAUGGCCAGGAGGAAGAAUGAGCCUGACUGCUGCUUCGACUGCAUCCCUUGUUCAGAAGGAGAAAUUAGCAAUAUGACAGACUCAACAGAAUGCCUGAGUUGUCCAGAAGACUUCUGGUCAAGCCCUCAGCGUGACGUUUGUGUGCCAAAAAUUAUAGAGUUCCUCUCCUACGAUGACCCCUUGGGCAUGUCCUUAACAACGGCCUCUUUGAUAGGAACACUCAACUGUGCAAUUGUGCUAGGAAUCUUCACACAUCAUCGGACCACACCAGUGGUUAGAGCCAACAACUCAGAGCUCAGCUUCCUCAUUCUGCUGUCACUCAAACUAUGCUUCUUGUGCUCCUUGCUUUUUAUUGGUCAACCAAGGCUGUGGACGUGUCAAUUGAGGCAUGCAGCCUUUGGGAUCAGCUUUGUGCUGUGUGUUUCUUGUAUCCUGGUGAAGACCAUGGUUGUUCUGGCGGUAUUUAAGGCCUCCAAACCAGCUGGUGGCAGUAGUCUGAAGUGGUUUGGGGCAGUUCAACAGAGAGGGACUGUUGUAUUUCUGACAUUAAUUCAAGCGGCAAUAUGCACAACCUGGCUUGUGUCUUCCUCACCAGCACCUCAUAAAAACACACAAUAUCACAAUGACAGGAUAGUAGUUGAGUGUGUAGUGGGGUCCACAGUAGGAUUCGGAGUAUUACUGGGCUACAUUGGCUUACUGGCUAUUCUCAGCUUCUUGCUUGCAUUCUUGGCACGAAAUCUACCAGAUAACUUCAAUGAGGCCAAGUUUAUCACCUUCAGCAUGCUAGUCUUUUGUGCUGUUUGGAUAGCCUUUAUCCCCGCUUAUAUCAACUCCCCUGGUAAAUCUGCAGAUGCUGUGGAGGUAUUUGCCAUUUUAGCUUCUAGUUUUGGGCUGUUAGGGGCCUUAUUCGGACCAAAGUGUUUUAUAAUCCUGCUUAGACCUGAAAGAAACACUAAGAAAGCUAUAAUGGGACGAGGUGUCCCGAAAUACUAUAAACGAUAGCCUUCUUUUGAAUCAAUUGAUUAUGUGAAUGUUUGAAGGAAAAUGUAGACUACUUUACCUGCAUUCUAUGAAACAUUUUAUUUUCUCCCCCAGUUAAAACAGUAACAUAAUAAAGUAAUUAUAUGUCAAAAUUAUUCGUUGUGCUGAUUUUACCAAAGAGUAUUUUGUCACAAAUGUAAACAAUAGUUGUUGUGCCCUUGUGAUAAGACGUAUUAUAAAGUAUUUUAAUGGCAUUUCACAGUUAUGUUAAUGAUCGGUCGGUAUUAGGCAAAUUAU